AUGGUUGAGGAGGUACUGAAGGCAUCUCAAGGUCUGGAGAGUGUUGCUGUCAGACUCAGAGAGCUCACCACACUGGCCACAAAGGAAAGAAACCAAGUCAACACAGCAGGCAUGUUUGAUGUUAAAGUUGCUGGUGAAGCAAAUGAAAUUGAUGAACAGACAUACAAUGAGGAUAUACAGAUGCUGUUAAAGACCGUUGAUAUUGAUAAACACAAAACCUUUUCUCUACUAGAACUGAAUUUUAAAGCUGACACUAAACAGACAACAGUGCCUUUUUCAUCCUUGGACCCAAAGCCGACAGAUGGACAUUCCCAAUCUACACCUCCUCGUACACAACCCCACUCUAAUGGAUUAUCUUUUACAAACACACAGAACUCAUGGGUCAGCCAGUUCGAGAUUCCUUGGGACAAGAUGCCUGCUUCACUCUCACAGGCAAUAUUAAGAGGGCACAGGGCUAACCCUGCAGACAGACGAGCAAUAGUGAGAACUGUGGUGGCUGCCAUGCAGAAACACUGUCCAAAUCCCAACAGGUCUGCCUGCGUAGAGAUAGCGAAACUGAUUGUGUCAAAAUAUCCUUUGACCUUUGCAGACACAAAUGAGGAAGGUGAACAGUUGGGGAUAGGUUACUAUUCUCUUGUUAAUCAACUUAAACCAAGAGUUGAGCAUGUUAACCGCAACAAUGUAAGUGAGAGAAUACGGAGAACAAGAACAACGACAGAACUUAGCACUACCACCAAAACAGUACGGUGCAAAGUAGACAGCUAUGGCUGCACAAAUUGGCAGCCAAAAUGUCUCCCAGAAGGAGAGACAGUUGACUCCUUAGAAGACCGAAGAAAAAAUAUGGUCACCAUAUUUCAGUCUGCUGGCCCCAGAGUUGUGGACAUUCCAGAUAUUGACAAUUCAAUGAGAUUGACAUACAUCUAUCAACGUCACAUGAUAAACAGCUGCCCUCCCCCUAGUAAAAAUGAGAUUGAAGAACAGUGGCCUUUCCUCUUUACAAAAAGAGGAUUCUGUGCCCAUUUCAAACUGACGGGUAUUGAUAUCUGUAAUCGAGUAGGACAGGCUCUUCAAACCAAGGGGAAGAGGAACAUAGAUUUCUUCCAAAGACAGACUCAGAACAAAGACAUUCAGUGUCUUCUACGGGACAUUGAGAGUGACACAGCGACCAUGCAGCAUAGCAGGACCAGCAUAGCAGCAGUGCUUCUUUUGAUGAAGCACUUCCUUGAAAAAGAGGAUUCCAUCUUCAUUUUGGCUGAUACAGCUGCAACAAAGGCAUCCAUCGAGAAAGACAUGAGCCUUCCAGCCACACCAAGACUCAUAAUGCUUGGGAACACAUUUCUCUCUUCCACAAAGUGGAUGGUAAGCAUUGAGGGAAAGGUGGCCUAUGUUUUGGAUGAGCACCUGGGAUUUGCAGAUGCCUUAUCUGUAUUCUUCAGCUGCUUCUACGUUUUCAACAUUGAAUACCAGGAGACUGCCUGUGCAACACUGGAACUCAUACAACGGUAAGUACCUCUUUGU